AAAAAAAAUUUAAUUGAACUUAUUUUAUAUUAUUUUUUUCUUAGUACAACAAAAACAACAACACACUGUUGCGGUUUCCAUAGCAAUAGGGCAACGACACAUUGCCCCUUGUCCUUUCAUGUUAAUACCUUCCGUUUUUGUUUAGGAUAGAAGUGAACCAGUAAGAAUAGUUUUCAUUGAUUUGUGACAGGACGUGGACGUGUUUCGACGCUCAUUGGACUUUAAAGAAUAAACAACAACAAAUUUAAAAAAAAUGGCAUCGCCUGACCCAUCAACAACCCUAACACCAUUAACAUCAGUGCCAUCAUCGGCACAUAAUCCCAGAGCUAAUGUAUUUAUUAUUGUUAACUUGGGCUGUGAAAUGCUUUUUGUGAUUGAUCAACGUUUGCAGGCCCAGAAGAUUGCCAAAGAAAAGUCAAUACAAGUCCUACAUGACAUAACAUCGGUUUUGUUGGAACCGAAAUUCAUCAAUUCCCUUAUUGUGGGCUCUACAACUACGGGAGGCCAAUGCCUAAGCGAAGAACAUUGUAAAUUCAUGCUUAAAGAUAUUGCCACCUGCUCGCUAAUGCGCCUGGAUGAUGUAUCCAUGGGCAAGCUAUGGAAUUUAAUGACCAUGAUUUAUAAAUGGCAAUUGUUUCACACCAAAUAUCAAUAUCAGCUAAUGGAUAUAACCUUUCGCCACUUGGCCGGUGUCAAUCAGUUGUAUCCAAAUGAAAAACACUCACAAAUAAUUGACGUGGCCAAAAAUACUCUAUUGGAUUUUUGGAAUUCCUGUACAGAUGAGGAACAGAAUAACAUCUACUACACCAAUAAGCUGUGGCUGGAGGCAUUUCAUACGAAAAUAUCGCUACUAAUACGUUUGGGUUUCCAGGCUCUGGAUGGUACAUUUUUUGUCGAUGUGGACCAAUCAUAUUUUAAUGAAUUUAAAGAAACAGUUGGAGAUAAUAUCUAUAACAAAAGUAGUGAAAUUGCCCAGCUGAGAAAACAAGAACUAGCACCAAUGUCCACAUCGGCAAGUUGUGUUAAUCAAUUAGCCGAUAUGUUGAGUUAUGCUCCGGGCCCUACAGGAGGAACAGCUGCUGGAGCAGUGGGAGGCAUGGAUUCGGAAGACUUUAAGCCCUUGCAUUACAAAGAGUUCCAAAAACAAUUCGAAAAGAAUCUACAACAAUGCAAUAUUCUAUUCGAAGAUUUGGAUGUAAAUUCCCAAAAUGCCACACAGAGUGAGAGAAGCGGAGGUGGAUUUGUUAAUCUAAAUGCCACCUAUAAUCGCCAGCACUUGGAGACAUCACGACCGGCAUCUUCUUCCUCCAUUCCAACGCAACGACAAAUGCCAACAAAUGAUAGUUUCAAUAAAUUAAAUUUAUCUUAAAUUUGCCA